AUGCAAGAUCCAUCAACAGCAUUCCAAGCAAUAAAGCCUCAGUUUCCAGAGCAAGAGCAACUCAAGUGCCCCCGCUGUGAUUCCUCCAACACCAAGUUCUGCUACUACAACAACUACAACCUCUCUCAGCCCCGUCAUUUCUGCAAGAACUGCAAGCGAUACUGGACCAAAGGUGGCGCUUUAAGAAACAUCCCUGUCGGUGGUGGCAGCCGCAAGAACACUAAACGCUCCUCUAGCGCCACCAAACGCUCCAACCCGGAUCCCAAUUCCGACCCCGCUAAGGCAACCCGCCGGGUUGCGGACUCCUCCUCAUCAACGACCUCAUCAGCCACCACAGGGACGUCGGGACAGCAGCUGGCUGGUAAUGAGAAUCCGGAUCGGACCCGGAUAUAUGGGGUGGAGCCGGAUCAGGACAGGAAGAUACUGGAUAUGGGAGGGAGCUUCAGCUCGCUAUUGGCAUCAAGUGGGCAGUUUGGGAGCAUUUUUGAAGGGUUGAAUUCAAAUGAGUCGGGCUUGAAAAUGGUCCGAAUGGGUGGGUUUGGUGAGGAUUUAAAUGCGGGUUCAAGUACAGACCCAGUUUUGGAUUUGCAAGGAAGCAGUAACAAUACUACUACUAAUCAUAAUAAUGGUGGUGGUGGGGGCGAGAGUUAUUUGCAAAGUGGGGAGUGGGGAAAUAGUAAUGGGUGGCCUGAUCUUGCUAUUUACACUCCAGGUUCUAGUUUCCAAUAG